CGAGACGGAAAUCGUCAAAUUUUGAGCGUUUUGGGGGAAACUAAGAACCCUAAGUUUCAUAUAAUGCAGAAUCGCAACCAUCAAAUUUUGAUUUUGUAGGUUUCACACACACUAAAAAGGUGAAAAAAGUGAAAUCCAUUUCCUCCACCGUAUCUCCGCUGCCUGCUGUCUGUCCCUUUCUCAUCCUCUCUCUGUACUUUUUGAAACUUACCUCUCACCAGAUCCGUCGCUCUCUUCUUCCAAUCCUUAACCCUACAUCUACAACAACUCCAUCUUCACCAGUAAAUGCAGCAGUCUUCGGGUAUUCUUCAGGGCGGUUUUUGUGGAGCGUACUGUAGUAUAGCAGGCUAGGGUUUUGAUGGAGGGACGUGUGAGGAAGUACGGGCAGCAGCAUCAGCAAUUGAGUCCUGAUAGAGCUAAAGUCUGGAAGGAGAGGUCUCCUAGGUAUCAGCAGCGGCAACCUGAUCCGGAGCAGGAGCAGGAGCCUGAGCCAGAGCUGCAGCAGAAGAGUCGGAAGGUGCCUGUGGUUUAUUAUCUCUGUAGAAAUCGACAGCUUGAACAUCCUCACUUUAUUGAAGUCCCUCUCACUUCAUCAGACGGUCUUUUUUUGAGAGAUGUGAUUGAAAAGCUCAAUAUUCUUAGAGGACGGGGCAUGGCUUCCAUGUACUCGUGGUCUUGCAAGAGGAGCUAUAAAAAUGGGUUUGUCUGGCAUGAUCUUUGUGAAGAUGACUUAAUUCUUCCUGCUCAUGGCAAUGAAUAUGUUCUCAAAGGAUCUGAGCUUGUUGAAGAAUCUAAUUCAGGCCGUUUCACUCCUGUAAAAUUGCAGAACCUAAAACAGUUACCAGAACCACCUUCUGCAAGAAGUCAAGAUGACUCUUCUUCUUCAACAAGCAUGAGCGGGAGAGAGACUAAACAUUCUCAGGAUGAGGAGCUAUCUCCUCCUGUUCGGCUGUCUAGUUCAUCCGGUGUGUCGCCAGAGUCUAGAGGUGGGAAAAGUACAGUGUCGGGUGGUUGUCUGAGCUUGACAGAAUACAAGAUCUACAAAAGUGAUGGUCUUGCUGAUGCUUCCACUCAGACAGAGGAAAAUAUAAGAGCUAACAAAGCUAGAGAAACUUGCACACGAGGUGUUUCAACUGAUGAUGGAGGAUUAGAAUCCUUAAGCAAUCAGUCUCCUCAAAGCCAAGCUCUAUGUGUUAAAGAUAAUUCCGAGAUUCAAGUAGAUCCAUCCCCUCCAUCUUCCUCCAGUGCAUGUUCCUCCGUGGGCAAGACCGAGACCUUGGAGUCUCUAAUCAAAGCCGAUGCUAGUAAGUUGAAUAGUUUUAGAAGACUAGAAGAAGGUCGAAUGCCGGCCAACGCAAAACUCAGGGCUACAGAUAUGCUGAUGCAGCUGAUCUCAUGUGGGUCAAUAUCCGUAAAAGAUCACAGCUUUGGUCUAAUUCCAUCUUACAAACCAAGAUUCUCAGAUUCAAAAUUUCCAUCCCCUUUAUUCUCAACAUCUGUUAUGCUGGGGGAGCUUGAUUGCUUGCCAGAGAACCCAAGGUUUAUGAGCAUGAGGUUAGAAGAAAAGGAAUACUUCAGUGGGAGUUUAGUGGAAACAAAAAUGCUCAAGGAAGAAGGCGUGGCUACUCUAAAAAGAUCAUCUUCCUACAAUGCUGACAGGACCAAUAAUAGCGAUCCAAUUUCAGAUAAAGAGGAGGCAACCGCAACUCGAACAAAGUGCAUACCAAGAUCCCUCAAAGCGUCACUCGGUAAACAGCCGAAAAGUGAAUCAAUGAGAUCCCCUAUUUCUGAGGGACCAAGAAUCUCAUCCGAGGGAGGCACCAGUUCACGAAUUGUAUCACCUUGUCCUUCCAAUGGCAGUAGCAAAAGAAUGACAGAGCCAUGCUCGGCCAAGAAACAAUCCGGCAGAUUGGAGUCCUUCAGGGAAGAGGGGAGUGUGAUCAAAAUCGAAGAAAGGCUUGCUUCAGGAGCUCGGGUUAUCAUCCACUCAGAAGCACCUUGUGAUACCAAAGGUAACUUGUAGGCAAUGUCAAUGGUGGUUGAUCCAUUGACAUUGGAAUUCUUGUUAAUUCAAAAUGGUUUUUCUGGUGUGAUUUAGGCAAUUUUUAGGAAUUCGUUGGUGGGUAUUUUAGUAAAUUGGCUCUGUGAAUUUGAAAGAGAAGAGAGGAAUCAAAACAUCCAAGAAAAAAAUUUAGUAAUUUAAGUAGAGGUGGGGUGCCGUUUCCUUUUGGUUGUUGGUCUGCCUUUUUAUAGUCUGCUUUUUUGGCUUUACAACUAUAGAUGCAAUCCACAGAUUCUGCUUUCAUUAUAGCAUAUAUUCGAUUGUCUCCUUUUGCCAUCA